AUGAAUGCUCCUUUGAAACUGUUGGAAGACAAAUCCAACAUCUCCACAGAUGAGUUUACUAGAACUGUCGUUGAACCUUCAAAACCAUUGAGAGAGUUGUUAGAAACAACCACCGAGAAGCAUGUUGAACAUUACCAAAUUGAUGUGAAGAAUGAUGUUGACAAGAUGAAGUCACUGCAUGAACUCCUGGAGUCUAACGUCAAUUCAGUCAUCUUUUGCAAUGGCAUCUCUUCUCUGUUUGUUGUCAGACAUGCCUGUGCUGCGUUGAAACUCAAGACUUCCCAGUAUGAUAUUUGUUCUAUGGAUGGUGACCUUCUCCCUAGGAAGAGAGACAUACUUGUGGAUCAGUUACGCUCUGGUGAAUUCAAACACUUGGUAACUACAGACAUCAAACCGUCAAAGCUCCGAGAUUCUCUCGUCGUUAUGUAUGAUAUCCCUAGCUGCCUUAAGGUCUACAAGGACCGCGACAGACCCUCGGCAGUCUCUUUGGUCAAGCCAUCGGAUGAAAUCCGCAUGAAGCGGAUAAAGAAGGGCACCUAA